AUUAUCUGCAGGUCGCACCUGGGCUGGGAAGAAGAACCCAGGGAAGGGAAGCGUCCUAACUUUCUCGCCUCUCCCCUACUUCCCAACACAACUCUUCCCUUUCACUGGGGGAGGGGAGGAGAGAACAAAAGAGCCGCGUUAGGCGGGACCGGGAAUGAGAAGGAGGGCUUUCAUCUCACCUGGAAGGGAAAGAGGGCGGGAACCUGCAGCCGCUUCUCCCCACCCCCGGGAAGACUAGCUGAGCUGCAGAGGAACCAGCCGAAGGGGUAAGAAGCUGCUGUGUAGGAGGGUCUGGGUGGAAGGAGCACGGGGGCGACACCCCUGCACCUGCGUUCCCCAGACUUCUCUGGAGGUCGAAAGGAAGGAUUGGAUUCACUCUCCGUGGCCGAACUCUCCCGGGUACCCUCAGAUACACGUGUGGGACGAAGGCUGUGGCAGUGGCGUUGGGUCCCCCUCCAGUGGGCGCUUUUAGUGGCCCCAGUUUGAUCACCAUGAGUUUGAUCCUGUUCCUGGAAAUCAUCUGUAUUUUUCUAUUUGGCAAAGUGCUCCCAUCUUUAACUGUCCAGGAACUCCAUGCAAACCAGGAGACUAUUGUGAAGAUUUCAUCUGCCAGUCAAUUGAUGCAGUGUUCUGCUGCCCUGGAUGUCCUGUUUGCCUUGGAUGGUUCUCACAGCAUUGGGAAAGGAAGCUUUGAAAGAUCUAAGUACUUUGCCAUCAAAAUGUGUGAUGCCUUGGCCAUCUAUCCAGAUAGAGUCAGAGUGGGUGUAUUACAGUUUAGCUCAGUUCCUCAGCUGGAAUUUCCCUUGGAUUCAUUUUUUACCCGAGAGGAAGUAAAAGAAAAAAUCAAGAAAAUAGUUUUCAAAGGAGGGAGCACUGAAACAGGUCUUGCUCUGAAAUACCUUCUCCAUAAAGGUUUCCCUGGAGGAAGGAACUCUUCAGUCCCUCAGCUCCUCAUCAUUGUCACUGAUGGGAAAUCCCAAGGAAAUAUUGACCUUCCUGCCAACCAACUGAAGGAAAGAGGAGUCAUGGUGUUUGCUGUGGGAGUCAGGUUCCCAAGGUGGACAGAGCUUCACACCUUGGCAAGUGAACCCAAAGAUCAAUAUGUGUUGUUUGCAGAACAUGUGGAUGAUGCUACCAAUGGCCUGUACAGCACUCUCUCCAGCUUGGCCAUCUGUAAUGCCACAGCUCCAGGUUGCAGAGUUGAGCCUCACCUUUGUGAACGAAAGACACUCGAGACCAUCAGAGAGGUCACUGGGAGCUCUAUGUGCUGGAGAGGUUCAAAGAAAACCAAAGCAGUAUUUUCAUCCCUCUGCCCAUUCUACAGUUGGAAGAAAGUUUUUAUAACCCAUCCGGCCACAUGCUACAGAACGGUAUGUCCAGAUCCUUGUGAUUCCCAGCCCUGCCAGAAUGGAGGCACCUGUGUCCUAGAGGGAUUAGACAAGUACCAUUGUCUCUGUCCCAUUGGAUUUGGAGGGGAGGCCAACUGUGCACCAACGUUGAGCCUGGAAUGCACUGUCAACCUCCUCUUCUUGCUAGAUAGCUCGUCCGGCACAACCUUGGAAGGAUUCCUUCAGGCCAAGGCCUUUCUAAAGAGGUUUGUCCAGGCUGUGGUGAGCAUGGACUCUCCAACAAAUGUAGCAGUGGCCCAGUAUAGCAAGGAGGUGGAGAUCCCAGUCCAAAUGGGAGAAUACCAGGAUGUACCCAGCCUCAUGAAGAGCCUGGACAGAAUGCAUUUCACCGGAGGACCCACAUUGACAGGCAGAGCUUUGGAGCAUGUUGCUAAUCAUGGCUUUGGGGACAUACUUUCCUUUGGAGAGACCCAUGUUUCCCAACCACCUCAAGUGGUGGUCCUGCUUACUGACUCAAGGUCCCAAGACCUAGUGGCAGGACCAGCAAGAUACGCCCGUGACCGGGGACUCUUCCUUAUUGGAGUAGGUGGUGAGUUCCUGAGAGCAGAACUGGAAGAAAUCACUGGCAACCCAAAGCAAGUGAUAACCUACUCCAACCCUCAGGAUCUUUUCAACAAAAUCCCUGAACUUCAGAAAAGAAUCUGCAGUCUUCAGAGGCCAGGUUGCCAGUCUCAGUCUCUGGACCUGGUUUUCCUGUUGGAUGCAUCAGCCACAGUGGGACAGGAGAACUUCACGAAGCUCCAGAGUUUUGUACGAGGGAGCUCUCUUCAAUUCAAUAUCAACCGGGAUGUGACCCAGAUUGGCCUGGUUGUCUAUGGCAGCAGAGUCCAGACCACGUUUGCCUUGGACACACACCCGACCAGCUCGAGCCUCCUGCAAGCCAUCAGCCAGGCUCCUUACAUGGAUGGGGCAGGCUCCACCGGCAGUGCUCUUCUGCAUGUCUAUGAAGAGGUGAUGACUGUCCAGAAGGGAGCCCGGCCCGGCGUGAGCAAGGCAGUGGUUGUGAUUACAGAAGGGACCGGAACCGAAGAUGCAGUUGUGCCUGCUCAGAAGCUUCGAAACAAUGGCAUCUCGGUCCUGGUCAUAGCGGUGGGACCUGUCCUGAAGGAGACACUCCUAAGACUUGCAGGUUCUCCUGACUUCCUGAUACAUGUGGCUUCUUAUGAAGACCUCGAGAAUUACCAAGACUUAUUCAUUGAAAGGAUAUGUGAAGAAGCCAAGCGGCCAGUCAACCUCUGCAAACCCAGCCCAUGCAUGAAUGAUGGGAUAUGCAUCCUUCAGAAUGGGAGCUACCGAUGUGAAUGUAGAGGUUGGGAAGGUCCCCACUGUGAGAACAGAAUCUUGAGAGGCGAUUCCCCCAGGCCUCAUGGCUUGCAUCAGUACUCCUCGAACUGGCAGCAACGGUACCAAUCACGGCAUUUGGAACUGGGCAGCUGAACCAGCACUACAGCUUGUGGUGGCAGUUCUAUGUGAUCAUCCAUUUUAGGCUAAUAGUAUGCAUGACUACCCAAAAAUCACUGUCACAUGGUGAAAAUGGGUCCUAAUUCAGAGGCAAUGCUACUUAGCAACACUACUAGCAGCAGAUGAAUACAUUAAUUAUUGGAUUGCUCUUUUUAAAAACAACCAACACAUCAAAAUAUAAGUCAAUAUUUAUUUUCACCUAAAUGUCAACUUCCAAAGCACAUUUCAUCCUUCCUCCAUGGAUAUACCUAAAAGGAGCCUUCCUUUUGGAGGGGCCGGUGACUUGGGUUAGUGUUUGGUGUGGGAGUCAGGAAUGCUUCUUGCAAUCCUGACUUCCCAGGGAGCUGUCCAGCAUGAUGUUAGUUCCAUAUUGCUCACAUGGAAUAACUUUAACACCUGUGUUUUAGGACUUUAAAUUUGGGGAAUUUUUCACAUGCAGCAUGAUGUAGCCACUCUAAGUUUGGAAAACUAACUCAAGGUAUGUGGAAAUAAGGUAAAUGAUUUGUAAGAUGUAGUUAUACUUUCCUUUAGUCUGGAUUUCCCAGUGCUAAGUGAAGCUUGCCAAAUAACUAAUGCCACCAGAAUAGAGAUUCACUACUUAACAUCCGAUUAUUUUUUUAACAUGGGAGAGAAACUUAGGGAGAAUAGAGUAGCAGGUUUAGAUCAGAGGGAGAAUGGAACACUGUUGAGUUUUGGUCAGUUGGAAAUCUAUGCAGUUAGGUUGUAUUCCCUCAGAAAUGUUGUCCUUAUUAGUUGACUAAAGGCUUGGUUAAUGUUGUUGCUGUUUAGACUUCUUGACAUUUUUUCUUCACUCCCCUUUUGAUUGCCAUUUUUAUUAUUUUAGAGUGGAAGAAAAACAAAGAAAAUUUUCAAUUAAAUUUAAAUUUAAAAAAUAAAUUUGGGAACAUGCCACAUUUUGCUUUUUGAAGGCAACAUACCACGUUUUAAAACAAAAUAUUAAGGGGAAAGCCUAGUUGGCAAGUUCUUUAACAGGAGUUGGUCAAACAAAAAGUGAUUGGCUUGGAAAAUAUUCAGUUUUCUAGUGAAUUUUGCUACAGUCAUAGAUGCUCUCCAGUCUUUUUUCUGUGCAGGAGGCCCUUGCACAGAAAUACUCCAAAUUCAGAUCCCCUGUAAAGAGUCCACUUAGGUUUUAAAAAUAUAAAUCUGCUUUAAAAUAGUGAACCUAAAAAUAAAAUCAUCUAUGCAAAGCCUCUACCCCAUAUAUUAAAAAUAUCAGUGAUUAAGUUGACAGGUUAAUUGGCUCCAUCUCAAUCAUGUAACUCUCCAGAGAACAUUUCCUAUAAAUGCAUUUAUUGGUUUGAGGACUUGGCCAUAUGUCCCUGCCAUCUUUCUCACCUAUAGCUCUUCUUUGUUCCAUUGUUCUAGUUAAGCAGGCUGAAGAUCUUCAGUGUAUAACUUGGUGUUGGAGCUUUAAAAGAGAAAGAGAUCUAAUGUGGCAAGUUACCCUUUGUGAAUAUGAUCUCUGGUGUUAGUGUGUUACUGAAAACAUAUGUGUCAACGGUGUAUCUUGGUUUUCCUUCAUGACUGUUAAUUAUUGCAGAAUGGUGGAAAGAACACUGGCUUUGGAGUCAUGAGUCUUGGGUUGAAUACCAGUUCUGCUACUUUAUUGCUGGGUAAUAUUGGACAAGUCACUUAUACUCUGUAGACCUCAGUGUCUUUAUCAAUAAGUUGAGCAGGGUAGACUAGAUGAUGAGAUCUUAACCUUUUUCUUAAGUUUUGUUUGUGUCAUGGACCUACUCUGAAAAUCUAAUGGAGUUUAUGGUUUCCUCAGAAUAAUGUUCUUAACUAACUGAAGGAAAUGCUAAAUUUCAGUCACAUGUUUGUAAAAAGGGAGAUAUAAUUCUUUUCUAUCUAAAAUCAUGAACUUCAUGAAACCUACCCCCAGCUCCCUUGGAAGAACAUAGAAUAUCUGGACUAGGUGAUGUCUCAGGUUACCUUCAGCUCUAAAUCUCUGAUCUUAGGGAUUGUUUUGGCAUACAAGAUUGGUACUAUUACUACUACUACUACUACUACUACUACUACUACUACUACUACUAGAAAAAUCUCACUAUCAACAAAAGACUGUGUCUCUAAUUAAGACAGAGAAUGGACAAAUGCAAAUUUGUAGUUACAGGCUGUAGAUUACAUUUCUGUAAUGAUUUUUGAGAUACUGUUUUUAAAUGCUUUUUUGCAGAAAGGUGUAAUAAACCUUUCCCUACAUUUUAAGCAAUAUGAUUUUCUCUAUAAGGAGGCUUUAACCAUAGAAACUCAUGAAAUAAUCAGCUUUAGGCAUAGAGGGGUUGGGGUCUUCAUUGGAGAGAAGCUGUUUAACUGAUAAAAAUCAGAUUUUAAAAAUACUGGAUAAUCACUAGUGAAAAGCUGAAACAAAUAUCGUAUAUGAGAUGAUCACAGAAGAAACAUACAUGAAUGACUGGCAUCAUUCUAUUUUUUUAUAAUUUUUUUCUCAAAGACCUUCAGUGUGAUAGAAUUCAUCCUAAUUAGAUCUUGAAUUUGUUUAUUGAGGAUAUGUAAUCAUAAAGAGAUUAUGGAUAGCAAGUUUUGUUUUGUUUUUAAAACUCCUAUCUUCUGUCUUAGAAUCAAUCAAUAUCAAGUAUUGAUUUUAAGGCAGAAGAACCAUAUGGGCUAGGCAAUUGAGGUUAAGUGACUUGCCCUGGGUCACACAGCUAGGAAGUAUCUGAGGCUAGAUUUAAACCCAGGACCUCCUGUCUCUAGGUCUGGCUUUCUAUCCACUGUCCUACCUGUUCCAAGGUUCAUUUUUUGAAGGGAGAAGAGAUACCCCCCCCAAAAAAAACUUUAUGAUAGAAGAUACUAUUUCCAAUAGUGUAAUCAUUAAAAAAAAUUAGAUGGGGAGUAGAAACAUAGAAGAAAAAUAUUUCCUUGAUCACAUGGUUUGAUGGGGCUAUAAUUGGGGAUGUAGACUCCAAAUGAUCAAUCUACUGCAAAUAAUAAUAAUAUGGAAAUAGGUCUUGAUCAAUGAAUCAUGUAAAACCCAGUUGAAUUGCUCAUUGGCUAUGGGAGGGGGGAGGGAAAGAAUAUGAAUCAUGUAACCAUGGAAAAAUAUUCUAAAUUAAAUAAAUAAAUUUUAAAAAU